UCGAGAAAAAACCCUAGUCAGGCAAAUACGCUCGCUCUUAAGACAGCUCUCCGUUCCAACAAUGGCGAUGAGCACUAGUGCUGAAAAAAAUUCCAGACAAACGCUAAAAUUUCUUAUUUUCAUUUUCUCCAAAAGUUGUCGAGAAAAAGCCAAACCUAGCACCAUAGGAACAAAAAGCAGUAGCAACUAAGCUCGGCUUCACCCUUGUAGCGCCGCCACUGUUCCACCCUUUGACCGCCAUUGGAAAGAACCAAUAACACCACCUUCUCACCUCUAUCGGAUCUCCUCAAAUACCACAGUCCAAUUCCAAAUCACCAACCAUGGGGAUGAGCAAUGCUGAAAAACUACCCCAAGAAAUCAUAUUCGACAUACUUACCCGGCUUCCGGCUAAGUUACUCGGCCAAUUCAGGUGCGUAUCAAAGCAGUGGUGCUCUCUUCUCUCAUACCCGCAUUUCGUCAAAGCUCACCUCAAUUUUCACAAACAUGAUCAAGAAGUAAAACUCAUUUGUAUCCCUACUUCUCUGGCUCUUCACGUUAACACUUUUAACCACGACCCCCAAAAUGGAAUCGAUGCCAUUUCUAGGAGACUUAACUUUGAGGGGCUCUCAGACAACUGGGAAAGAGUUGUUGGCUCAUGUAAUGGCCUGGUCUUGGUACUGAAUGAGGAAGAUAUUUUAUUUUUAAUCAACCCCACUACUUUAGAGUAUUGUAGAAUUCCAAACUCUCCUCUGGCUCUUCCUAAGUCUGGUACCUCUAGCACGUAUAGUCUAGGCUAUGAUUCUGCUAGUGAUGAUUAUAAGGUGGUUACUCUUUCUUAUUAUAAGGAUGAUAUUUCCUGUACUUUUGUGGAUGUCUUCUCUAUGAGAAUGGGUUUAUGGAGGCGACUUGAGAGCUUAUGUAAUGGUGGUGCAAUUCCUAUUCACGGUUUUCCGGUUUUGGUAAAUGGGGCUUUCCAUUGGUUGGCUGGCAAAUCUUUUGCAUCUGCAAUUGUUGCUUUUGAUUUAAGCGAUGAGAAAUUCUUCGAGGUGCCAGUACCUACCACUACUGAUGGCAAAUGUCCUUGGUUUUACGAUUUGGUGGGUCUUGGAGGGUGUCUUCGUAUCUUGGCUAAAAAACACAAAAUUGAUGCUUGGAUUAUGAAAGAAUAUGGAGUUGCGGAGUCUUGGACCAAAUUCAGUGUUACAAGCCAAGUUUCAGGUUUCACCCCUUUGCGUUUGAUGAAUGAUGAUGAUAUUGUAUUGGAUGUGGCUGCAGAAGAGAAGUUGAUUGUCUACAAUAAGAAAGAGGAACAGUGGAGAGAUUUGAAUGUUGAUGGAAUAAUAGCUACGUUUGCAAGAACUAGAACUUUCAUGGAGACUCUUGUCUCUCCUACGUUUGGCCUUGAUGCAAUAUUUUGAGAUGAUGUUGUACUCAGGGAUAUGUCUGCGUCUAUGGAAUUGAUUGUUAGAGAACUGUGGACAGAGUCACUGAGGCCUGGAUCUCAACAAUAUAUUUUGUUUCCAAGAGUAUUACUCUUUAAUUAUGAUGUUAUAAAAUGGAUACUCUUUCAAGAAA